ACUCUUCCUGGUUCUCUGGAUGUCACACACACUCACACACACACAGACUACCGAGCGGUUUUUUAAAACAACUCCAAAGUUGUCGGGACCCGGAAGGAGGAUGAACCGAGCGGCGGAUAAACGGGGCGAAGCUUGUUGUCACUACGAGUCCGUUUUAAGAGCGAGAUAAACGGACGUUAUGAUUCAAACGGCCGUUAAAGGAGCUGCUGCUGCUAGCUGCGGAUGCUAGCUGCUGUUAGCCACUUAGCGCUGCUAGCACACUGCGCGGUACUCUGUGUUUUAGUUUCAGCGGUCAGAGAGUUUUAAAAACACCGACAGCUUGGUGAAGUUUCCCCGCAGACGACGGGGAGGACUCGGGGUGUUUGGAGGAGGACGACAUGGAGAACAAGGACAAAGUACAGAUGAGGAAUCACCCUCGCAGGCAGCUGAAGAAGCUGAGCGAGGACAGCCUCACCAAGCAGCCAGAGGAAGUGUUUGAUGUCCUGGAGAAGCUGGGUGAAGGGUCUUAUGGCUGCGUGUUCAAAGCUCAUUAUAAAGAGACGGGCGAGAUCGUGGCCAUCAAACAGGUUCCUGUGGAGUCAGACCUGCAGGAGAUCAUCAAGGAAAUCUCCAUCAUGCAGCAGUGUAACAGUCCUCAUGUGGUGCGGUACUACGGCAGCUACUUCAAAAACAGCGACCUGUGGAUCGUCAUGGAGUACUGUGCAGCCGGCUCAGUGUCUGAUAUCAUCCGACUACGCAACAAGACGCUGGCAGAGGAGGAGAUAGCCACCAUCCUGCACUCCACUCUGAAGGGGCUGGAGUAUCUGCACUUCAUGAGGAAGAUCCACAGAGACAUCAAAGCGGGGAACAUCCUGCUGAACGGGGAGGGGCAGGCCAAACUGGCCGACUUCGGAGUGGCAGGACAACUCACGGACACCAUGGCGAAGCGUAACACCGUCAUCGGCACGCCGUUCUGGAUGGCUCCGGAGGUCAUACAGGAGAUCGGCUACAACUGCGUGGCGGACAUCUGGUCUCUGGGGAUAACAGCGAUAGAGAUGGCUGAGGGGAAGCCGCCCUACGCUGACAUACAUCCCAUGAGGGCCAUCUUCAUGAUUCCCACCAACCCUCCGCCCACAUUCAGGAACCCAGAUCUGUGGUCUGAGGCCUUCCAACAGUUUGUCUGCCAGUGUUUGGUGAAAAACCCCGAGAACAGAGCGACUGCCACACAGCUCUUACAGGAUCCUUUCAUCAAGUCGGCCAAACCCAAUUCCAUCCUCAGAGCGCUGAUCACGGACGCCAUGGAGAUCAAACUGAAGAGACAGGAGGAGGAGGAGCAGAGGGAGCAGGACGCAGACGACGACGACAACUCGGACGAGGAUGAGGUCGACCAGGGGACCAUGGUGCGAGCAGGAACCGGGGACUUGGGGACCAUCCGGGCCGCGGGAUCACUCAGCGGUACGGCACGCACCAUGAUCGAACACGACGACGACGACACGGGAACCAUGCAGUUGCAGCUGGGCACCAUGGUCAUCAACUCUGACGACGAGGACGAGGAAGAGGCCGGCACCAUGAAAAGGAGAGAUGAGACGAUGCAGCCGGCCAAGCCGUCCUUCCUGGAGUACUUUGAGCAGAAAGAGAAGGAGGCAAACAGCCACAACGACGGAGGAGGGAGAGGAGAAAACAACGCAGACAACCGCAAAGUUCCCCCUGAAGGAGAUCUUCAAGUGGUGAGCACGUGGUCUGUGGAGGACCUCCGUCUGCGUCUGGCCUCUCUGGACCCUCAGAUGGAGCAGGAGAUCGAGGAGAUCCGGCAGCGCUACCAGGCCAAGAGGAAGCCCAUCCUGGACGCCAUCGAGGCCAAAAAACGCUGCCAGCAGAACUUCUGAGACGAUCGUGCUGACGUCGUCUCAGAGAACAGUUUGUUGUUUUCUCUGUGGAGGUUUGAAACGCCACAAAGACAGACGAGGUUUCACAAAACAAACACGCCGCACACUUUAACCCUGAACGAGCGGCGAUGAGACGACGCGGCCGGGUGUGACGCCUCAUCGUGUGGACGCUGCAGAGGACGAGCUGACACAGAGCUCUUCUCUCAUGGUGAUGACUUUCAUCGUCUUUCUGUGAUUUCAGAACGUCUCUGUCGUCCCGUCUUCUGGAUCUUUAAGAACUUUUUCACAGAUUAAGAAUGACAGAAAGUUUAACGUUUCUCCUCCAGCCGCUGAUCUGACCUCCAAACUGUCUCCGUGUCUGAAAGCCGCCUGGAUCUUUUAUUACUUCAGUUUUUUUUUACUUUAAAGCGCGUGGUACUGUGUCGUUAACCUGCUGACUGUUUGAUUUAGGUACUCCUCUGGUUUUGGUUCCAGCUCCUCUGUCAAAGGGGGGCGGCCUUUAGAUUCUGAUCAUGUUAGUCUGAGCACAUUCCUGCCUCUGAAGCUGCAGGUUAGAGGAGUGUCACGAUACCAGAGUUCUAAACUUCAUUAUGAUACCUCUACAAAUCAAACUGUACUAUAACUUGCUUUGUUACCACGGCAACAAAAAACCUUCAAAUGUGAUCAUUUCUACUUUCAAACACAUCAUCACUGUUUCUGUGAAAUAAGAAACAGCAAUGUUACUUAUUCAUCUUCUUGGUCGAUGUCCACAGACGGCAGCAGCGCCCACAACCUCCGCUGCAGAGCGCCAAUCAACCAGCGCUCAUCGUUGCUAAGUUACUUUCUGUUUCCCUCGCUCGUGGCAGUUUAAAAAUGUUCAUGUAUUUUAUAUUCACCUCCACUCAAAGAAAUGUCACCGCCGCAGCUCUUCAUCUGAAACCGUUCCCUUAAAAAGAUGAAGACAUGUUGACAAAGCUGAUACCUGAAGUCCCGCCCCUUUUUUGAUUCUAAUUGGUCAGUGAAGGAGAGAUGACAUUGAAAAGAGCAGCGCUGUUUCAACUGAUAGCGUUGUGAAUAGAAACAGCCGACUCAGGGUUGUAACGUUGAGCUGAUUUAGUUUUGAAACGGGCGCUGCUGGUUGGUGGACACGGACUCUAAUGAUCCACCAAUAGGUUUUUAAAACGUCAGCAUGAAUCUGAUUCGACCGCCCCUGCUCUCUCUCUCUCUCAGCUUCAGUACUUUUUGAUUCUAUCGAUCGGAUCAAACAUUCACGAUGAAUGUGAACAAACUAGAACCCGACCGAUAAAUCAGCCGGCCGAUAUCAGCAAAUCCAGUGACCAUCAGUAUCGGCUCAUUUUAUCACAGAUAUGCGCCGAUAUUACUCGAUUUAUUCAGCAGUCAAAUAAAAUGUUUCACUGCGUUACAUUAGCAGUUCUCUGUCACCAGCAGAGGGCGCUGUAUGGAUUACUCACAAACAUCAUCACUCUCCAGAGUGUCCAGCAGUGAUGUACGUUCAUGCUCAGUUAUUUUCCAGUCGAGUGACCAUCUUGUCUUCAACACAAUGAAUGUUUAUCUCUACAGAUCUAAGAAAGAUAUCGGCCGACAUAUCGACAUCUGCCCCCAAAAUUCUCCUAUCAGUCGGCCCCUGAGUCUCUGUUUUCGUCAAUAAGCCUUCGAUGAUUCAGAGAAAAGACUAAAAGAUAUAAAACCCCUGAACUCGUCUUUAGAGUCUUUAAAGUUCUCCGCUUAGCUUCAGCGAGAAAUAUAAAAAACCUGGAGCUUCUGAAUGAAAGAGUUUAGUGAAAAGCCGACGUCCGAGUGAGACGCCGUUUUCACCCCGUUACUCUGAAUGUCGGAAUCAAGUUUGUUUUUUUGUCGGGCAGCUGAAAUGAUUUGUUUUCAUCCUGUUUUUGUUUUUGAUUGAACAAACCGGAGCCCUGAGCCGACGUAGAGUCAGACAUUUUCAGUUACUCAGUUUUCCUGUGAUAACAAGUUUUUAAUGUGUUUUUCUAGAGAUCUGGAUUUAUCCACUUUGAAUGAUUGUUACAUUUUAAGAUCUGAAUUUGGUAUUUUCUGCAGUUGGAGUUUAAAUGUUGGACAGGACUGAGAGGGAAAUGUUUCCCUCCGCCUGCGUCCGACCUUCAGCGCCCUGCAGUGAUUUAAUUUGAGCGCCCGGCGUCUCUGAGGGCGAGCCGGGCCGGACACAUUUAUGGAAGAGAUUCAACAAAGCUUUUAUCUGCUGGAUUAAUGAGUGUGAUCUGGCACCGCCGCCUGAACCCGAGUGUGCCAGGAAGACGCUCACACAAGAUUUACACCCUGGCGUUCCUGGGAGCCGCUCGCCGCUCAGUUCGGCGGGAGGAUUUCUAUUUUUUCUACGUAGCUUUAGAGGAGGUCACGGCCGUCUGACCCCGGGAGUGUGUGUGAGAAUGAAAAGCAGAUUCUCAGGUCAUGAAAGUCCUCAGGGUGUAAAGUAACCUCGUGUCUGUGAUGAAUCUGAAUAUAAAGAGCACGCUGUAACGACUCGUCUUCUCUCCGUGUUGUUAAACAAACAAAAGGGAAGUUUUCAUCUUUGUGCCUCAGUUUGGACUCGUGCUGUUUUUUGUGUUUUGAGUUUGUGAAUACUCUGAAAAAAAAAAGGAAUUGAAAUUAGAUUUUUAUGAAACGUGACGUCUGAGCUGCUUCAUUAAUAAAGUCGUAAUCACUGGAAACAGAAACUCUUCUCAUGUUUUGGUACGGAAGCCCAAAGCGGACAUUCAACCAAACGUUUAAUUUAAAGCCGUUAUCUCGUGUGAACAAGGAACAUUAAGGUUGUUUUUUCUCCAGAUCGUCUCGUUACCUCGUGAUGAAGACGCCGCGAUAACGACUUCACCUCUGAGAAAACGAUGAAAUGAAGUCGUUAUGUCAGGAAAACGGCGUUAUGAUCCCAAGAUAACGAGAUUAACGAGUCUAAAUGUUGAAAAAACGACCUAAAUGUAACCUGUUGUUACCACGGGGAAACGUCGCUACAUGUUCUAAAGGAAGUCUCAUGAUGUAGCUGCGUAAGACGAACACGACUCCUUCUCGACAUCACCAGUUUAUCAGAAAGAAAUCACAACGUCUCGGCUCCUCUGAUCACUGACCUUGACGAAUCAGAGAGACCGACACGUUGAUAACGAGCCGGGCGAUGUCGAGUCGUGUUUGAGAUUUCAUCCUUUAAAAACAAAGUCAAAUCAACCGUCUGGAUGCACAUGUCCUUUUGAGGCUUCCGUAGUUUUGACAUCUUGUAGAGAGUCGUCUUACCUGCUGAGCUCUCGUCAUGUUUUUGCACUCGCUCCCUGUCUUGACGCCUGAUUGGUCCACAGGUUAUAAAGUGUAUAUUUUUGCCUUAAAGUCUGCAGUGGACGCCAUGUUUUGAGAUCUCUGAUGUUUGUUUGAUUGCUUCCUGUUUGCCUGUCGUAUAAAGAAAAUAAUAAAAAGUGCAGAAAGUGAA